UAGCGCAUACAAGUACAGCGGGCCGCGCGUGCACCUCAGUCUGCCGGCAACCGCGACGGGAGACGCACGUAUCUUUCGCGCGCGGACCGAAAUAUCCUCGUGGCCGACCGCGUGUCACAUCGACUAAUAUGAACACCAUAACCCAAAUAACGGCCCUCUUGGUCGUGGUGGCGCUGUCGUCAAGCAGCGUGGUCCAGUCACCCAGCGCGAAAGGAGACAACUUCGAGCUGCUCAUUCUCCACAACAAUGACAUGCAUGCACGGUUCGAGCAGACCAGCCAGCUCAGUGGCACCUGUACUGCUAAAGACAGGGAGGCGGGCAAGUGCUAUGGCGGCUUCCCGAGGGUCGCUUACGUGGUAAAGCAGGCGAGAGAAGCAGCAGCGUCAGGCCAAGGUCCACCAGUUCUGUACUUGAACGCUGGAGACACCUACACGGGAACUGCCUGGUUCACCAUCUACAAGUGGAAGAUUGCUGCCGAGUUCAUCAACGCUCUGCAACCUGACGCUGUGUCUCUCGGCAACAAUGACCUGAACACUGGACCUAACGAACCAUCUCCGUUCUUAAAUAACAUCAAUUCUCCUAUAUUGGCCUCUAAUGUUAUCCUUAGCAAUGAGAAAGACAACAAGAACAUACAAAAAUCCCUAAUUUUCAACAUCCAAGGAAGAAUGGUCGGUCUACUCGGAUUCUUAACACCUGAAAAUAAUGUUUUGGAUGGAACAAUUAACAUUGAAUACGUUGACGAGGUCAUCGCCUUAUCUGAAGAAGCUAAGAGGCUUCAAGAACAAGGCGUCAACAUUAUUAUUGCAAUAGGUCACGCUAGCGUGGAGAAAAACAUUGAAAUAGCUAAAGAAGUUGAAGGCAUUGACCUAAUUAUUAGUGGUAAUGAAAAUACGUAUUAUUGGAAUGGAAAUAAUGUAGGUACAGAAACACCACUUGAAGAACCUAUAGUCAUUGUUCAGGAGUCAGGAAAACGAGUACUGAUACUUCAAUCUCAAUCCUAUGACAAGUAUCUCGGUAGGGCGGACAUCAAAUUUGACUCUGAUGGAGAACUUGUUGAUUAUACCGCAGAUCCAGUUUUACUCGACACUUCCGUAGCGCAAGACGCGAAGGGGCUUGAACUAGUAUCAAAAUACCAUGAAGAAUUGACCACAUUUUCAGAAGAAGUUGUAGGGCAAACUGCCGUAGUCCUCGAUGGUGAGUCCUGCAAGACUGCCGAAUGUAACCUUGGAAAUUUGAUUGCCGAUGCCAUAAUGUAUUACUACGCAAUCAGAUACGAAGGAGAGACCUGGACUGAUGCUGCCAUUGCUUUCGUUCAUGGUGGUGCCAUAUUUGGAUCCAUUGCGCCCAGCAAUCGUCCUGCACCAGUGACAAGGGGCGAUUUAUUGUCAGCACUGCCGUUACAAAGUAACAUAGUUGCUGUAACGAUGACGGGAGCAAUCCUUAACCAAGUGCUAGAACAUUCUGUAGCUAACUACAGUAUUUCAAACCCUACCGGUCAAUUGCUCCAGUUUUCGGGGAUAAGGGCAGUUUACGAUAUCAGCAAAGAGCCAGGCUCUAGAUUAGUCAAUGCAGUGGCUCGGUGUUGGUCAUGUUUUGUUCCGGAAUCCUACGUCAUCGAUGAUUGGAGAACAUACAAAGUACUGAUGCCAGCGGCAUUGGCAAACGGUCAGUUUGGUUAUACAAUGCUGGUUGGUUUACCAGUAGAAGAAUUGGAGUAUGAUGAAGUGACUUGUCUUGCUGAAUUCAUAAGUUUGCGGUCCCCAGUGUACCCUGAUGUGGCUGAACGCAUCUCUUUGGGCAAUCACGAAUUAGAUAAUGGCGUGUCGGGCUUGACGCCUUUCAUCGAGAACUUGACGUGCCCUGUCCUCGCUGCCAACCUAGUUCUCAACAAAGUCCCUGAACUAGAAGCCGAGCCAAACCUCAUGAAAUCAGUCAUUUUUGACGUAAACGGGACCAAAGUGGGCGUCAUCGGAUACCUCACACCUGACACCAAAGUACUGGCUGUAAGAAACGAUGUGGACUACAUCGAAGAAGUACAGGCCAUAAAAGAAGAAGUGAAAAACUUGAAGCAACAAGGAAUCAAAAUAUUAAUAGCACUUGGACAUUCCGGUUUUACUAAGGAUCUAGAAAUUGCCAGAGAAGUCGAAGAUAUUGAUUUAGUUAUCGGCGGGCACACUAACACAUUCCUAUGGAAUGGAACAAGUCCCGACAUUGAAAAACCUGAAGGUCCCUACCCAAUGAUAGUGAAACAAGCGUCAGGAAGACGGGUACCCGCAGUUCAAGCCUAUGCUUACACAAAAUAUCUGGGAAAGUUACACCUAGUUUUCAAUACUGACGGGGAAGUCGUCAGUUUAAAUGGAAACCCAAUAUUGUUAGACAAAACCGUGCCACAGGACCCAGACGUAUUGGCAAUCGUCAACCGCUACAGCGGCGAAGUAAAGAAAGUAACUGAAUUAGUUGUAGGAACAACUUCAGUGGUACUAGAUGGCAACUCAUGUCGUUUACGAGAAUGUAAUAUGGGGAAUUUGAUAGCCGACGCAAUGAUAUACAAGUAUGCUUCUGAAUAUACUGGAUAUGGGUGGUCAGAUGCACCGAUCGCAGUGAUACAAGGGGGUGGGAUCAGAGCUUCUGUAGUUCACAUGGAUAUGCCAGCCAAUGUAACGAAGGGUGACCUAUUGACUGUGAUGCCAUUUGAUGGGAGUAUGUCUGUGGUAACCGUUCAAGGUGAAACUGUCUGGAAAAUGUUGGAGCACGCAGUAGCUUACUAUAAUACGAAAAGGGCGGUGGCAAAAUUUCUUCAGUUAUCUGGCCUAAGAGUUGAAUACGAUUUUGCAAAGCCGCCGGGAAGAAGGGUGUUGAGGGCAUCUGUGCGCUGUGGCCUAUGCAUUGUCCCAACGUAUUCCUCCCUUAAUAGAACGAAAACAUACAAAAUGCUCAUGACCUCAUUUCUUUCGAUGGGGGGUGAUGGAUUUUCGUCCCUUGGAAAUCAUGAGUUUGACAACGGUGUCAGCGGCCUCACCCCCUUCAUUGAAAACCUAACAUGCCCAGUGCUAGCUGCCAAUCUUGAGCUAAGCAAGGUUCCGGAACUAGAGAGAGAAACUAAUCUGAAAAAUACAAUUACAAUUGACAUAGACGGCACUAAAAUAGGAGUCAUAGGUUACCUAACACCCGAAACCAAAUUUUUAGCAGUAGAAAACGACGUUGAAUACAUUGACGAAAUCGUUGCAUUGAAAAAAGAAGUCGCCAACCUCCAGAACGAAGGCAUUAAAAUAAUAAUAGCACUAGGCCACUCUGGAUACCUGAAAGAUAUUGAAAUUGCAAAGCAAGUAGAGGGCGUUGACUUAGUAAUCGGUGGACAUACCAAUACCUUUCUCUGGAAUGGCACUAGCCCAGAUGCCGAAGAAAUUCAAGGCCCCUAUCCCACAUACGUUAGACAAGCUUCAGGUAGAACUGCUUUAGUAGUACAAGCGUAUGCGUACACCAAGUAUUUAGGAAAAUUACUUUUAGCCUUUGAUUCAGAAGGAGAGAUCGUCAAAGCUGAUGGUCAACCUAUUCUUCUUGAUAAUACCAUCCCUCAGGAUCCGGAUACAUUACAAAUUGUAAAUCGGUAUACAGCAGAACUGAAAAAUUUAACAGACGACAUUGUAGGAGAGACAACGGUUGUGUUAGAUGGGCUAAGUUGUCAGUUAAAAGAGUGCAAUUUAGGUAAUUUAAUAGCCGACGCUAUGUUCUAUACGUACACUGAAGGUUACAAAGGAGACCACUGGACUGAUGUUCCAAUCGCUAUGAUACAAGGUGGAGGUAUCAGAGCGUCUAUAGCACACGUCGACACUAAGACAAAGAUAUCUAAAGCUGAUCUAAUAACAGUUUUACCUUUUGGAGGUAACUUAACAAUAGUAACAGUAAAUGGUAGUAUUAUAUUAGAGAUGCUUGAGCAUUCUUCUCUCGGGAACCACGAAUUCGACGAGGAAGUCGAGGGACUUGUGCCCUUCAUACAUAACGUAACGAUUCCUGUAUUAGCUGCCAAUCUCAUCUUGGACAAAGUACCUGAACUUGAACAUGAACCAAAUUUACAUAAAUCCAUCAUCCUAUUGGUACAGGGCGUAAAAAUUGGAGUGAUAGGAUACUUAACACCAGAAACCAAAUAUCUAGCUCCAAAAAAUAAAGUAGAAUACGAAGAGGAAAUUAUCGCUAUCAGACGGGAAGUAGAGGCAUUGAAAAAACAAGAUGUUAAAAUAUUCAUUGCCCUUGGACAUUCAGGUUUCAUUAAAGACAUUGAAAUAGCAAAAAAUGUCGAGGAUAUAGACUUAGUGAUCGGGGGUCACUCGAACACAUUUUUGUGGAACGGACGGACAAACGAAAAGCCUGAAUAUCCAGAGGGACCAUAUCCUACCAUGGUGGUGCAACCAUCUGGUAGACGGGUGCCUGUAGUGCAAGCUUACGCGUACACCAAAUACAUGGGCAGGCUACAUUUGGUAUUUGACGCAGAUGGAGAAAUCGUAAAAUACGAUGGAACACCACUAUUACUCAGUCAAGAUGUACCAAACGAUAAAGAACUUUCAAUAACUAUCGACCGUUAUCGUACCGAAAUAGACAGAAUAAACAACGAAGUGAUAGGAAGUUCUUUGGUAGGUCUGGAUGGAAUAUGCCGCAUCAAAGAGUGUAACAUGGGAAACUUCAUAACGGAUGCCAUUUUAAACUACACUGCUAGGUAUUACCCUGACUAUUCUGACGUGAAGAUAGCGGUGGUUCAAGGUGGCAGGAUAAGGACUUCGAUAGACCAAGCAGCGAAACCAAUGAAAAUAUUGAGAGGGGAUUUAAUUACAGUGAUUCCUUUCUCGGACACGUUAAGCAUAGUGACAAUGAAUGGGACGGUGUUGAAGCAAGCCCUGGAGCACUCGGUGUCGACGUGGCGCCUAAUCGACAGCACUGGCAAUUUCCUUCAGAUGUCUGGCAUACAAGUGACAUACGAUUUAGCAGAGCCAGCGGGAUCUCGCAUCAUAGACGCAAAAGCUGCAUGUUCUCAAUGCGGAGAUCCCUCAAUUUCUGAAGUAAAAGACGACUACGUGUACAAAGUGUUUAUGCCGUCAUUUUUGGCCGAAGGUGGCGACGGCUACGUUAUGUUUGAGAAUCUAACAAAAGAAGUUAUUUCAUUCGACGAGUUGAAGUGCCUCUUCGAUUAUUUAGGCAAAUAUAGUCCAAUAAAGCCAGAAGUAUCAAAUCGUAUUACGCUACUGAAUAAGGACAAGCUUAAAAGUGAACCUCAUAGAAUAAAUAAUACAAAUAGAUUACUUGCAGUACCUAGUACUAUCUUAAGUAUAGUUCUGUUAUGCAAAGUAUUAUACUCAUGAUGAUAACUUAUUUACAAUUAGGGUAGAUUCAUAAUGUGAAUUUAGCAGUAUUUGUUUCUCUCGCUUGUAUCACCAAAAUUCAAAAACAGUGUUAAGAAAUACUC